AUGAACCUACAGGCCGAGCCCCUGAACCUGAAGGAGGCGACGGUCACCUGCAUCCCGAGGCUGCGCGGCGGCGGCGGCGGCCGGCGAUCCCGCCGGGGAGCCGCUGCCACGCAGGUGUCCAUGCUGGACCGCGUCCGGGACGUCGUGCUGCGGCUUGCGAUGGUGUCGGCCGCGUCAGCGGCGACAACGACGGCCAAGCAGGGCGCCCCGGGAACACUGCGGCGGACGGCGACAACGGCGUCGGCGUCGGCGACGGCGACGCCGUCCAGAGCGGCCGCGCGCGUGAGCCCAGCGGCGUCCGUGGCGUACACGGACUCGUACCGGAGCGAGGCGGUGGACGACUGCAUCGAGUUCCUGAAGCGGUCGGCGGCCGGCGGCGCCCCGGCCACCGCCGAGGUGGAAGCGAGCACGGCGGCGUCACCUUUGCAUGCGACUGCAGCAUGUGCCAUGUGAUUCAGAGUUAGGUGAAUCAUGUCCAGGUUGGUGUUUGUACAUGUGGUGGAUUGGAUGACUGGAUGUAUAUGCGUGAGAAAGAGUUGGUAGCUAGGUGAUGGGUGUGGUGGGUGCAUCGAUCCUGGAUGCAUGUGUUGGUUUGAUGCUGUGGCGUCGUGUAAAAAUAACAUCAACUUGUCAAGAACAAAGUUGCAUGUAAUGUAAUCCUUUACAGAAGGUGCAUCACGGUCUAUCACAUGUGCGGUGGUUAAGUGGAAAUGUAAGCUUCCUCGUCUCCCUAUAAACAUGGGAGCCAUGUAACA